AUGAGUUCUUCUUCGGGCCUCCAGGCCCACGCCCGCGCCCAUACCUAUGCCACGAAUUAUACGUACAUAUACGAAUAUUCACGAGGUUUAAACGGUGUGGAUGUGCCGAGGGAUAUCCUCAUCACGCGGACGAUUUGUGGCUCACUGGGCUUCGUUGCAUUUAUUGUUCUCGUAAGUCGGAUGUGGGAGAGAGUCCACGCAUAUAUUCGUCACAUCAGCUGCCUGUCCGGCACACGCAGACAACAAUUGUUCUGGAGCUUUGAGGGAUACAGUGUAUGGCCAGCUAUCAAAAAAUAUGUUAUUCACUCGCCGUUGUUCUGGAAACGACAUCAUCGCGAGUUUCAAUUAUCGUCUGCGAUGAAUAUGGGGGUGCUGCCCACUCGCAUACAUACUAUUCUUCUUGUCCUAUACGCCGCGAGCCAACUCGCAUACUGUGCCAUCCUCGACUAUGCUGUAAACGAACGGGCGGCUCUAGUUGCCGAGCUGCGUGGAAGGUCAGGAACCCUGGCAGUGCUCAACAUGAUCCCACUAGUCCUCUUCGCCGGACGUAAUAAUCUCCUCAUCUGGCUGCUGGGGAUCAGCUAUGACACGUACAACAUGUUCCAUCGAUGUCUGGGACGAAUGGUCGUGUUGGAAACAAUUGUACAUACAACAUCAUGGUUUGUCAAUGCCUCGAAUGAGCAGAGCUUUACCGACGCUAUCGACCGUAUUCGCACCACGCCCUUUUUUGCUCACGGCGCCCUUGGUACAGUCGCCAUGCUUUUUAUUUUUAUCCAGUCUCCUUCUCCAAUUCGCCAUGCUUUCUACGAGACCUUUUUGCAUUUGCAUCAAUUCGCCGCUCUACUGGCGACUAUCGGCGUCUAUUACCAUAUGCAUUUGGACGCGCUCCCACAACUCCCUUGGAUCUAUCUUGUCAUUGGUAUUUGGAUAUUCGAACGGAGUAUGAGAUGGUUACUUCGCUUUCGUAUGAACAUCAGUCUGCGGAACGGCAGGACGAUGGUGGUCGUCAAGGCUCUUCCGGGCGAAGCAUGCCGCGUAACAUUCCAUUUACCCCAUCGAGUAUAUAUAAAACCGGGUAGUCAUGUGUAUGCCUUCAUCCCGACCGUUGCGUGGUGGAUGUCUCAUCCCUUUUCCGUCGCAUGGGUCGAUCCAGCAACCUGCGUGACGCCGCCAUCUCACCCCGUAGCAGCGCUUAAAGGCACAAUCGAUCUUAAUGGGACCAGCCGUAGCCCUAGCCCAUCUCGCCUCGAAAAACAAAUGAUGGACGACGCCCCAUAUGAAACACUUCACAAACACAAAACAUCCAUAUCCCUCAUUAUAGCCGCGCGGUCUGGCAUGACACGCAAACUGUACAAUAAAGCAAUGGCCUGUCCGAACAAAACUCUACGAACAUUCGGCUUCAUUGAAGGGCCAUACUACUCCGACUCCUGCACAAUGGGCAGCUAUGGCACCGCAAUUCUAUUCUCCGGCGGCGCGGGCAUCACGCACCACAUACUUCACGUCCGUGAUCUUCUCAUUCGCGCCGAUGAGGGCUCCGUUGCUACCCAGAGUAUCUAUCUCAUCUGGUCCGUCCGUUCGACCGAGUCUCUAAACUGGGUCCGCGAAUGGAUGGAUCAAAUUUUCCGACUCCCCAACCGCCGACAAAUGCUUAUCAUCAAACUGUUCAUCUCCAAACCCAAGACUCGACAUGGGAUCAAAAGUCCCAGUAAAACGGUGCAGAUGUUUCCAGGACGCUGUCGCCCCAGCGCCAUCCUCAAGGAUGCGUUGCCAAAAAGGAUUGGUGCGACUGUUGUAUCGGUCUGUGGACCAGGUGCAUUUGCCGAUGAAGUGAGAGCCGCAACAAGGGAGAAUAUGGCCCGGGGAAUGACGGUGGAUUUUGUGGAGGAGAGUUUUAGUUGGUGA